AUGGAAAACCACACACAUCGUCGACCUUUCAUUUGCCACGUGCAUCAUGAACUUACCACAACCUUCAUCGCCAUCUCCACAAUCUCCACAAAUGUCUCUACCGACGACAACAACUCAUCUCAGAAAUCAGUCGUGGGUAUGGCGGUCCAUAAAGCAGGAGAUUUAGCCAUAUGGAGCGAUGAUCGGAUCAAUAAGGUUGGUGAGAGUUCUGGGAAAUCAACUGACGGAUUAAAGGGAAGAGAUGGAAGAAGAGAUGAAAUCGAAGUUAGGUCUCGUAAGAGGGGAUAUAUAUUAGGGAAAGUUUCAAAGAGGGGCAAGAAUGCGACUCCAGUUUGUUUAAUUGUUGAAUCCGAUGAUGAUGAUGAUGAUCAUGUGGGGCUGAAUGAACCCUCUCCUCCGAAUCAUUGUGAAUUUAGAACUGAAGAGACUUCUGGAAGUGGAAAGGUCGAGAAGAAAUUGCGAAGCGGGAGAUCUUCAAAAAGAGGCAAGAACACGAAUCGAAAUAGCCUCAUCGAUGAUUAG